CGAACGAUGUGAGGUUGCGCACAGGCAGAACGACCGACGCAUGAAGAAGCGCAACAGGAGUUGAGCGCGCCCAGUCUCUAUUCAACUCUAUCCAGAUACAAUUCUAAAGUUGGUAUUGGGAUGUACGACUUUUCUCUGUUUCCGUGGAUUUGAAUAAACGACGUUUUUAUUUAAUUUUGUUUUCAUCUGCCUUCACUUGUAAUCUCUUCGUGUUAGAAAAGUUGGUAUUUGUUUUACAAAAAUGGAGCGAAAAACGCCGGGCAAUCUUUCUUGCUGUUGGAGCUUUCUUCUCGCGUACUUCUGGUGCUGUAAUCUCACCGAGUGUUACAAUUUGGAUGUAGACCACCCCAUUAGUUUCAGUGGACCAAGUGGAUCUUUAUUUGGAUAUUCUGUAUUGUUACACAAGAACCAGAAAAGCACAUGGUUAUUAGUCGGAGCUCCAGUUGCGAAUUCAUCUUCCUACCCAGCCGUAAAAAAACCAGGAGCAAUUUAUAAGUGCAGCAUCUCGGACAAGAGAGAAUGUCAUCAAAUAUCAACAGGUGUGGACAGUUGUGGGAAGACAUGCUUCUCUGAGAGUGACAACCAGUGGCUCGGAGUCAGCCUGUCCAGACAGCCUCGUGAUGGCCAUGUAUUGGCAUGUGGGCAUCGUUGGAAGAACGUGUUCUAUUCCAGGAAAGAAAACCAGAAUAAGCUGCCUCAUGGUGUCUGUUACAGAUACGAGGCUGACCUCAAACAGUCUCAACCACUCAUCCCAUGCUACAAAGAUCACCAACGGAAGUUUGGUGAGGACUAUGGAUCAUGCCAAGCAGGGAUAUCCAACUUUCUGACUGAGGACUUGAUAAUUAUGGGAGCCCCAGGGACAUCGUACUGGACUGGAUCUGUCCUGGUCUACAACACCUCCAGUAGGGUCCUGUCUGCCUAUGUGGAUGACAGCAGCACUGUCCUCUAUGGCAGUUACCUGGGCUACUCGGUUGGGGCCGGCCACUUCCUCCACCCUGACUCCACAGAGAUUGUAGGCGGUGCGCCCCAGCACGGGCAGACUGGUAAGGCCUACCUAUUCAGAGCUGAAGAAAACAUGCUGAAGAUAAUCAGUGAAGUCAAGGGCAGCAAGCUCGGCUCGUAUUUUGGUGCCAGUGUGUGUGCUGUGGACCUGAAUGGAGAUGGCCUGUCUGAUCUACUGGUAGGAUCUCCCAUGUACAGCACCGUGAGAGAGGAAGGACAAGUCCAUGUCUACAUAAACCAAGGAGCCGCUAAUAUGAAGGAAGCAGAGUUUCAGUUGGUGGGAAGCAACUCGUAUGCUGCCAGAUUUGGGGAGACCAUAACUGAUCUGGGAGAUAUUGAUGAUGAUGGCUUUGCUGAUGUGGCAGUGGGGGCUCCGCAGGAAGAAGAGCUGCGUGGGGCUAUAUAUAUCUACAAUGGGAGGAAAACAGGGAUCUCUCAGACCUUCUCUCAAAGGAUCACUGGCUCUGUUCUGGGUAAUGAGUUAAAGAUGUUCGGCCAGUCUGUGUCAGGAGGCAUCGAUGUUGAUGAAAACGGUUACCAAGAUGUAGCAGUAGGGGCCUUCCUCUCAGACUCAGCUGUUGUUCUGAGGACUCGUCCAGUAAUAGUGGUAGAAGCCUUCAUGCCCCUGCCUGUCAGUGUAGACCGCUAUGUAGCGCUGUGUUCUGACAACGGUCUUCCUGCUGUCUGCAUCAAUGCUACAGUCUGCUUCAGGGUCCAUGCUCGACACUUCACCUCUUCAAUAGUGCUCCAGUAUAAUCUGACAGCAGACACACAGCACAAGGAGUCCUUCCCCUCACGUUUCCAUUUCCACGGAAACGGGACGUCCAACACUACAACAGGGCGGGUCAAGACCAGACACGACCACCUGACCUGCGUCCCCCACCAGGCCUUCAUAAGGAAAGAUGUCCGAGAUAUCUUCACACCCAUCCAUUUUGAGGUUUCGUACACUCUCAGAGAGCACACUGUCCAUAACGGAGGAUCCACUUUCCCUGCUCUGAAACCCAUACUGCAGCAGAGAGGGGGGCACGGUAACCUGGUGGCCAAUAAGACAGAGUUUGCUCGGUACUGUUCAUUGGCCAACUGCUCAACCAAUCUGCAGGUCUCUGCUCAACUGGUGUUACCACAGAGAUACAACAACAUGCCGUACUUUGCACUUGGCAAUGGGAAGACCAUCAUGUUGAACACAACCCUGGUGAACACGGGAGAUGAUGCAUUCCUCCCCAGACUCCAGCUCCGAUUCCCCAAUAACCUGCACUACAUCAAAGUGCUUGACGCAGAGGAGAAGUUUGUGAGCUGUGACAUUUCAGAGGAGAACAAGACAAUAGUAGGAGUGGAUUGCAGUGUGGGAAACCUAUACCUCAGCUCUGGGGCCAAGGUCAAUAUCAGUUUUCUGUUGGAUGUGAACCAGAGUAGUAGUGUUGGUGACGUUAGCAUCUCCAUCAACGCUAGUGGGGACAAUUAUGAAAAUGAGGAUCUUCUGCAUGACAACUCUGCCACUCUAAUGUUACCACUGAGAUAUGGAGUAGAUGUCAACAUUCAUGGGUUUAUGACUCCAACAUCCUUUGUAUUUGGUGACCAGGCACCUAUUCCAGUUGAUUGCUACACAGAGACAUUCAACUACACUUACAAGGUUGUCAAUAUUGGUCCAAGCAAAUCUCUCAACACGAUAGUGGAGGUUGAUAUUCCCAAGAUCCUGUCACCAUAUCCAUACAGAUUACUCCACGUCACAGACUUCCAUACGUCUCUUGGAGAAUGCUCCAUUCGAAACGACUCCAUUGCGGUGGAGGAUGACUGUGAGGUGCCACAGUCCUCUUUCAUCAAAGAACUGGUCUUCUUCUUCUCCAAAACCAGCAAACGCAAAAUGUUCUGUGCCUAUGGUGAUGACCUGUGCCUGACUCUGGAGUGUAGACUAGGAGAUAUGGACAUUGGGAAAGAAGCCACCAUUCACAUGGAAGUGAAGCUGAAUCCUACCGUUCUACAGCUCUCACCUGGACGUCAUGGAGUGAUGCUGAUGGAGAGUACUGGCAUCAUCACAUCACCAAGGGAGGACCCUCAAACCAUCAUCCUACAGAAGAUCCCUAUCGCUCAGGUUGUGUUGGAGGCCCACUUCAGCCAGAAGCCUCAGGCAGCAGUGGAGGUGUUUAUCAUUGUAGUGAGUCUACUGGUGGGACUGCUGAUCCUGGCCCUGCUCAUCUUCGCCCUCUGGAAGGCUGGUUUCUUUAAAAGGCAGUUUAAGAAGGAGGAUGAGAUCAGGAGGGAUAGCUGGGACUAUAUACCAAAACAUUUGACUAAGACUGAGAGUAGAUCCUAAGAUUGAGAUCAAGACAGAGUGACUGUGUCCUAAUACAGAAUGGUUCUAUACUACAACAUGGACUAAGAGGCACAUUUUGACUGAGAUCAUCCAAACCCAAGGGAAAGAACUGCUGGACCAUUCAAAUUGUGAUGGCUCAGAAUGACAAGGAAAGGAAAAAUGUCAUUUCCCUAAAACAUGCAAGAGGAAAAGGCUGACGAAGUGUAAGCUUAAAAUGUGUUGUCAGCGGGACAACUAUAUUACACUUUACCUCUGGGUCUGGUGCAGUGAGACUAUAACACAUUGGAGUGUUUACAUUGAAUGUAUGUUAGAACAUGUAAUGUACAUUAGAACAUGGACUAUGUCCAUUAGAACAUGGACUAUGUACAUUAGAACAUGUCAUGUACAUUAGAACAUGUCAUGUACAUUAGAACAUGUCAUGUACAUUAGAACAUGGACUAUGUACAUUAGAACAUGUCAUGUACAUUAGAACAUGGACAAUGUACAUUAGAACAUGUAAUGUACAUUAUAACAUGGACUAGGUACAUUAGAACAUGGACUAUGUACAUUAGAACAUGGACUAUGUACAUUAGAACAUGGACUAUGUACAUUAGAACAUGGAUUAUGUACAUUAGAACAUGGGCUACAUGAUCUCAUAGAAAUAGGCUUAUCAUUCCUAUUUUGAUUUCCUACCAAGAUCUCAGGAAGUGAAAACAGAACUUGAUAAAUAAGCACAAACCGAAACAAGAAGGUACUAUCUGUACCUGUCCAUUAAUUGAGGACUGCUCAUUUUCCAUUGCAAAACAUUUUGCCACGGUCUGCCCUAAUGAACAUGGCCCAAGUCUCACAGACCUGACUACUUGAAUUGGGUCGAGGUACGAAACAUUUAUGAAUGCACUGCUGAAGAUUUUCUUUAUGCAUAGGAACUUCAUCUGUAUACACUCAGUGGCCAGUUUAUUAGGUACAACACCUUGUUCACGAAAAUGGUUCAUUCCUACAGACAGUGAGUCACGUGGCUUGCUAUAUACAGUGGGGCAAAUAAGUAUUUAGUCAGCCACCAAUUGUGCAAGUUCUCCCACUUAAAACGAUGAGAGAGGCCUGUAAUUUUCAUCAUAGGUACACUUCAACUAUGACAGACAAAAUUAGAAUAAAUAAAUCAAGAAGAUCACAUUGUAGGAUUUUUUAUGAAUUUAUUUCCAAAUUAUGGUGGAAAAUAAGUAUUUGGUCACCUACAAACAAGCAAGAUUUCUGUCUCUCACAGACCUGUAACUUCUUCUUUAAGAGGCUCCUCUGUCCUCCACUCGUUACCUGUAUUAAUGGCACCUGUUUGAACGUGUUAUCAGUAUAAAAGACACCUGUCCACAACCUCAAACAGUCACACUCCAAACUCCACUAUGGCCAAGACCAAAGAGCUGUCAAAGGACACCAGAAACAAAAUUGUAGACCUGCACCAGGCUGGGAAGACUGAACCUGCAAUAGGUAAGCAGCUUGGUUUGAAGAAAUCAACUGUGGGAGCAAUUAUUAGGAAAUGGACGACAUACAAGACCACUGAUAAUCUCCCUCGAUCUGGGGCUCCACGCAAGAUCUCACCCCGUGGGGUCAAAAUGAUCACAAGAACGGUGAGCAAAAAUCCCAGAACCAUACGUGGGGACCUAGUGAAUGACCUGCAGAGAGCUGGGACCAAAGUAACAAAGCCUACCAUCAACAGCCCCAAAACAUCACUGCUCUAGAGGAGAUCUGCAUGGAGGAAUGCGCCAAAAUACCAGCAACAGUGUGUGAAAAUCUUGUGAAGACUUACAGAAAAUGUUUGACCUCUGUCAUGGCCAACAAAGGGUAUAUAACAAAGUAUUGAGAUAAACUUUUGUUAUUGACCAAAUACUUAUUUUCCACCAUAAUUUUUAAAUAAAUUCAUUAAAAAUCCUACAAUGUGAUUUUCUGGAUUUUAUCUUUCUCAUUUUGUCUGUCAUAGUUGAAGUGUACCUAUGAUGAAAAUUACAGGCCUCUCUCAUCUUUUUAAGUGGGAGAAAUUGCACAAUUGGUGGCUGACUAAAUACUUUUUUGCCCCACUGUAAAGUAGGCAGACCGGCAUCAAGGCAUUCAGUUACUCUUCGAUUGAACAUUAGAAUGCGCAAAAUGAGUGACCUAAUCGACUUUGAGCAUGGCAUGAUCGUCGGUGCCAGGCGCAACAGUUCCAGUGUCUCAGAAACGGCCGGCAUCCUGGGCUUUUCACGCACAACAGUGUCUAGGAUUUAACGAGAAUGGUGAGACAAACAAAAAACAUCCAGUCAGCAGCAGUCCUGUGGACAAAACAGCUCGUUGAUGAGAGGUCGAAGGAGAAUAGCAAGAAUCGUGCAAGCUAAGAGGUGGGCCACAAACAAGCAAAUAAUGACGCAGUACAACAGCAUCUCAGAACAUUGUCACGGAUGGGCUAUUGCAGCAGACCACUGCACCGGGUUCCACUCCUAUCAGCUAAAAACAAGAACAAGUGGCUCCAGUGGACACGCGAUCACCAACACUGGACAACUGAUGAGUGGAAAAACAUUGCCUGGUCCGACGAAUCUCGGUUCCUGUUACAUCAUGCUGAUGGCAGAGUCAGGAUUUGGCAUAAGCAGCAUGAAUCCAUUGCCUCCUCCUGCCUUGUGUCAACGGUACAGGCUGGUGGCAGUGGUGUAAUGGUGUUGGAAAUGUUUUCCUGGCACACUUUAGGUUCCUUGAUACCAAUUGAGCAACGUUUACAUGCCCCAAAGAAUUCAGGUGUGUCUGGAGGCAAAGUGAGGUCCGACCCGGUACUAGAUGGGUGUAACUAAUAAACUGGCCGUUGAGUGUAUAUCGAUAUAUACACAUCUAUAUGUCAAAUCUAUAUCAUCAAUAGAUGUGUAUAUAUGUAGAAGUGGAUGGGACAGAAGUUUAAGCUUAUUUAUGUAGUAUAGAACUGAAGACAACAAGGAUGAGGAGGACAGUGUAGUGUCAUCUGUGAAAAAAAGGGGCUGUUGUUGGGUGUCACUCAACUCACUGAACGACACAUGAAUGACACACUCCUCAAGGGGACAGCACCCUGUGUGUGUGUGUGUGUGUGUGUGUGUGUGUGUGUGUGUGUGUGUGUGUGUGUGUGUGUGUGUGUGUGUGUGUGUGUGUGUGUGUGUGUGUGUGUGUGUGUGUGUGUGUGUGUGCGUGUGCGUGUGUGUGUGUGACCCUCUAGAGCAGGUGUAUUCAAGUCUUACCCUACGAGGUCCAGAGCCUGCUGGUUAUCUGUUCUACCUGAUAAUGAAUUGCACCCACCUGAUGUCCCAGGUCUAAAUCAGUCCCUGAUUAGAGGGGAACAACAAAGUGUGUGUGUGUGUGAGCAACUCAUACCAGUCAGGUCGUUCAAGAUUGACGUCGAAAUUGGACAUUUAUCUAUGUCCAGAGGAUGUCAAGAAAUGCCUUUUUAUAAUUGUUUUACCCUAUCCCAAACAUUAACCCUUACCUAAUCAUUUGGAAGGAGUGCCUAAACUUAAUGUUUUAACCCUAUCCCAAAUCUUAACCAUUUCCUUAACCAUUCGGACCAUAACUUCGAAAUUUGACGUUUGGAGACAUGGAACGAUACAGAGCAGCUGGAGCAACAAAACACUUUUAAAUGCGAGGUUUGGAGCGACUUUGAAAUGUGAAUUUUGGAGCGACUUUGAAAUGUGAUGUUGGAGUAACUUUGAUAUUGGAUGUUAUGAGCAACUUCUAAAUUUGAUGUUAUGAGCAACUUCUAAAUUUGACACUUGCAGAACAGAUGAACAUCUGAUUCUGCAGUGAGACUGUGAGAGCUCGUUGCUCGUACACCAUGCCAGCAGAAGUUUUCAAUGCAGUCAGAACAAAAAAAAUGUAAAAGCUGGUUCUUCAGUGACUCAGAAAUGUUCCUCGAGGCAUAGGAGACAUGCCAGGCCUUAAAUGAAACACACGGAACACUGGCCUUCCCAUUUUUACAUUUUCAUCCCUUUGGAUUCUCUGUUGGAAUCUUUGGAAUCAGUGGAUUGUGUUCUUACUGUAGCUGUAAGGGAUUGGAACAUUCAGGUUUAGGAGAUGUGGUGUGCCUUGAUGAUGAUGAUGUUUUGUUGUUGAAUGAGGAUUAGUAACAUGUUUUUACUGCUUGUAUUUUAAGGUUCAGGACAGUUAAUUCAGGGAGUCAACCUUUCCUGACCAAGUUGUCAGUUAUGACAAAAAUAAAGGGGGCACAUUCCAAUUUGAAUUUCAAUAAAAUGAAAUUAUUAUUUUUAUUUUUAAUAAAUAAGUGUGUGGCGUGUAAAAAUGAA